ACACUAUGGAUCAGUUCACAGCGCUCGUUUCCAUGUGAUCUACAGUGCUGUCAAGAUUGAUCUACAUUUCCAAAAUGGAUUUCCAGAACGACAAUGUGGGUAUAGAACUGCUUCUGGCUCACAUGAAUAUCGAAGACAUCAUUGAGGCAGUGGAGCGUAUCUACUCUCAGAGAGACGACGAAGAGUGUCUGUCACCGGAAAAAAUGGAUGAAAACUUGGAUUGCUCAGAUGUUUUGGCCUCAAGGGACUAUGGUUCUGGCAUUCAGAAUGGGAAAGUGAGGUACGGGAAUGUGACAGACCUGCUGGCCUUCAUCAACAUGAUUUCUAAUACACCAGCCUCCAAACUGUCCGAGAUAAGAGAAGAAAUUGGAGUGCUGCUGAACAAGACCGACAUGAUUGUUAAGGAGGGGCGUUAUCGCAUUGAUUUGGACGUGCUCCUCUUUCCAUGGAGGCUGACCUACAAGGCUCAAGGCUCGAGCCACAUUCCUAAGGGCUCCUUCGGGAAAGUCCACUUGGCUCAGGACAUCAAAACACGCAAGCGAAUGGCAUGCAAACGAAUCCAUUUGGAGUACUUUAAACCAGCAGACGUGGAGUUCCAGGCUCGGUUCCAUCAUGAAAACAUUGCUGAGCUGUAUGGGGCACUGCUGUGGGACCAGACUGUGCACCUCUUCAUGGAGGCAGGAGAAGGAGGGUCUGUUCUGGAAAAGCUGGAAAGCUGUGGACCAAUGAGAGAGUUCGAGAUCAUUUGGGUCACACAGCAGGUUCUGCGUGGACUGGAGUACCUUCACUCGCACAACAUUAUUCACCAUGACAUCAAACCCAGUAACAUUGUGCUGAUGUCUGCUAAAGCUGUUAUGGUGGACUUUGGUCUAACAGUGCAGAUGACGGAGGAUGUGUACAUUCCAAGAGACCUUAGAGGAACUGAGAUGUACAUGAGUCCAGAGCUGGUCCUGUGUCGAGGACAUACCACAAAGACUGAUAUCUACAGUCUGGGCACUAGUAUUAUUCACAUGCAGACUGCAAGCCCUCCAUGGGUGAGGAGAUACCCACGCUCAUCAUACCCUUCUUACCUGUACAUAAUCCAUAAGCAGGCCCCUCCUUUGGAGGACAUAUCUGAGGACUGCAGUCCCGCAAUGCGAGGCCUCCUGGAGCGGGCUCUGGAGAGGGUCCCAUCGCGUAGGAGCUCUGCCACAGAGCUUCUGAACGAGGAAGCCCUUCACCCUUCACGAGAAGACCAGCCUCGCUGCUGGAGUCUGGACUCUGCUCUUGGAGAGGGAACACACCCACUUCUACGCCAACAAAGUCACAUGUCAGACAGCACACAAGACUCCUCUUCACUGUAUACUGAAGACUCCGGGCCUUGCAAGAGGAAAGGUUCCCUCUACGUGGAUCUUGGAGCUCUAGCUGGCUACUAUAACUUUGUCAGGGGGCCACCGACAACCGAAUAUGGUUAAAGCAAAGCCAAAUAAGGAACCAGAUGUUUAUCUAUGUGCACACUUACAUUUUUAGGCCUCGUGGGACGUUUGAGGAAGCAAAGUCCUGAGGAUGCAUGUGAUGUGCAUGUGAUUUGCAUGUGAUGUGGACUCUUAUGAAAACAGGGCACCUACAUUAAGUGCUUUAUUUCAUCACCACUGACAGUCCAGUCAUUUGUCAAGUGGCAUGGAGGGAUUGAAAAGCCUUAUUUGGUUGCUAACAGGCUGGAGUUCACAUGUCUAUUUUUGAAAGUCAGAUAUAGAAAGGAGAUGAAUUAGCCCAGCAUGAGGAGACUUUAAACUGUACAUUAAGGUAUCAUAAGAAAUAUUUUAAGUUAGGUACAGUUAAAUGGCUGAAAAGGAUGUAAAGCAAUAUAAAGCAGAAAACAUUUUGCAUAUAACAGUACUGUGUUAAAAAUGUACUAAUUUUUACACUGCAACCACAAGAAAAGGCCUUUUUGUGGGCAAAUAAAAGAGAAAAUGUUAAUGGUUCUCCAAAGAACCGUUUCAUAUAAAAACUAGAGUUUCCAUCAGCAGUGGUUAGCAGCAUUAAUAGGAAAUGCAGUGACUGCAUAGUAAGAUACGUACUUGUAGACUGCCUUUGUGCCAGUAAAAGAUAAACAAAGCAGUGCUCAUAUAUGUACUCAUGUAGACGUGUACAAAAUAGUUUAUGAUGCUACAUAAUGUAAUGCAAAGAUAGACAUUUGUUUAUUGCUAGAUCAUAGCACAGACUUAGAUCAGUAUGUUAGUGGUUUAUCUAAUUAAAUCCUGAUUUAUUACCCACAUACAGGAAGAAUAGUGACUUAUUGUCUCUGGAAAAUGUAUAGGAACUCACUUCUGUUUUUUCUUUUGUAAGUGUGGCCAAGUAAAAAAGACAUUUGUAUGUAAAUGAUGCUCCAUACAGAAGGUUUAUCUGUGAAACCACAGCAUAUAACCAACAAGAGCAUCAGUGGAGUUAUAAAAUCCAUUGGUUUUAUUAAAGAUGAUUAAGAAAUUAUAGACUAUACAUAUAUAGAUCAUACACUAGAAAACAAGCAGGUAGUUUUAAAAAUGUAAAAAAUGUAAGAAAUACUUAAGUGUUAACAAAAGCUUAGCUUUAAUAUGGUUCAGGUUGUAAAUUGGGUUUUAAUCUGUGGCACAUGGGUCACUUUCUGUCUGCAGCACAUGCGGGUGCAGACUGCUUUUUUUAUGUAUUACUGUACAGUAAUGCAUGCUUUUUUUAUCAACUGGUAACAUGUAGCUGUAACAAUGCUGACCCAUCAGUUCAGUUUAUAUUCUCAGCAUGUAAAAACAUUAAUAAAUUUUUAACUGUGUUUCUGGAAAAUGCAGCUUAAUUUAUUAUAGUGGCGCCAUAUUCUUAUACUUUAUUUGACUUUAUUCUUAUGUCUUACAGUGUGUAAUCAUGCAUUUUAAAAAGAAAUAGAAAAAGAACUGUGCUAAUAUCUAUAUUUAACCAUUUUUACAGUUUUACAAAAGUAGCUGUACUGUAUACUAUAAUAUAAUGCACAGUAGAGGCAUAGACUUUAAUAUGUUUACAUUAAAGAUUAAGAAGUGAACUUAAAUGAAAAUCUUGCAUUAAUAACAUAUAUAUACCUGUAUUUUUUAUGUCUAAAAAUGUAGGGUUGCAGCUUUGUAUUCAGCUUCAACUUUUUGUCUAACCAUGGCUGUGGUUUCACCUAUAAUGUGAAGUUUACGUGUCUUAAAAAUAUGAUUAUAAAAUGUUAGCUUUGGAACAAUUACUUGCUUAACUAAGUGAUGGGUAUUUGUAAACAUUUAAUAUGUGUUUUUGGUACUGUUGUUUUUUUCAGAUGUGGAAAAUGCAACUUUGUUCCUGUGGAAUGUUUAUUUCUUAAGUAGUUGCAGUGCAAUAGAUUACAUUAAAUCAUGUACUUAGGAUUAAACCAUACAUCACAGCUGUAGUGGUAUGUACACAAUCCUGACUGUUCUGUCUGAAACGACGUUUCGGUUAACCAGCUAUGCAAAUGAUUGUUCAGUUUAUUUUCUAUUACUUCAAAUAAAAUGAAAUAUAUUUCUGGAA